UCUGUCUGUCUGCUCUGCUCCGCUGUGGGUGCAUCCAUCCGUCUAGUCGCCUCUCAUGUGGAUGGUGGAGCGAUCCGGCAUCCAAUCCAGCUGGCACGAACCUGGAGGGAGGGACGGGGACAAGCACAGCACAGACACACACACACACACACCAGAUGAGAGGGGGAUCGGUGGAACACUGUGUUGUGUUGUGAUGUGUUGUGUUGUUGCGUGACGCACAUACCCAUCUCGCGGUACUCGUUGAACUCUGUCAGUUGCUCGUCCACGCAGCAGCACUGGGCGCGGAAGUACUGGUAACUGGUGGGACAGAAAACACAGCAGGGCAGACGCACCCACACACAACACAGCACAGCACAACAGACGCUUCAGACUGACUCACAGCAGGUCCCGGUCUGUCUGUCUGUCUGUCUGCAGAUGACCUGUCUGUCUGUCCCCUGGCUGGCUGAGUGCACCCACCCACCACCCACUUUGUACCGGCAUCUGACGUGGUCAUCGCCGAGCUCACGGCAGCAGCGGGCCCAGAUCUGGUAGCGCAUGAAACACUCGUCCGUGACCUCCGGGUUGAAGAAGCGCGGAUCCUGUGACAUUGUGUGCACACACAAGCCAGCCACACGACAAACACAACGAGACACCACCUGAUGGCACGUGGCGCCGCGGGCAGCUGUCUGCCUGUCAGCCCCUCCCUCCCUCCCCGUCUGCCAAGAUCUCCCUCACUUGGCCCCUCUCUCCCCCUGUGUGUGCUGCGCUGCGAGUGGGUGUGGUUCCGUACGGUGGCGUGCGGGUUGUCGGCGGUGAGGGCAUCGACGUUGCCGACAGUGCGGCCGGCGAUCUUGAAGCCGAACGGGGUGGGCGUCGUCAUCGCGAGGGCGACAAAAUGUGUUUUCCUGCG